AUGGCGAGUAGAGCGAGAGUGAGAGAGGAGCGGAAUCGCUUUGUGUCUUCUGAUGGAGAUAGAGUGGUUCCUGGAGGUGGAUCGUGGGUUGCAUUCGUUGACAAUCUUAGUAGGAGAGUGCAUAUAAGUGUAUUAUGGGAUCGUUUUAGCCUUUAUGGAAAGGUGAUUAAAGUUUUUAUUCCGUUUGUUAAUAGAAGACCCAACUAUAAGGACAAGACGUUUGCCUUUGUGCAAUUUGCGAGUAAGGAGGAUUUGAUUAAUGCUAAAGAGAAUAUGAACAAAGUCCUCGUUGAUGGGAGAAGAAUAUUGGUGUCAUAUGCGAAAUAUCAGAGGAGUAGUUUUCCGAGGAACUUGAAGCGCAAUAGUGUCGCAGAGGCUGCAGGUGUAGGUGUAGAGAUAUCGAAAAGGAAAAAUGCAUCUAGCCAAGUGGUUGAGGCAGGGAAGAAGGAGAUGAUAGCAUAA